AUGGAAUGUUUGAUGAAAGCUCAAGAAAAUCGCUUCCGAAACUUGAUUGAGGGAAUUGAGCAGAAACAAGCAGAAAAGUUAGUGUUUCAUUCCAAGUGCUAUGACUAUGAGAUUCAGAAGCUCCGUGACGUUGCAAAGGAACGUCAUGAACUCUUUAUUGAACAAGUAACUACAAUGAAAGAGUCUGUGGAUCUCAAAAUUGUUGAACUCAAAUCCGAGUUGUCGAAAGAAGUUCAGAAAAUGGAGCAAAACUACACCUCAGUGCAUGGAAAAGUCUAUUUCAUUGCACUGUUAUCACUAAACUGA